ACCAGCACCCAGUCGUCAAUUAGGCGGGCAUCCGACCAGUCAUUGUCAGCUUUGGUGGGUGGCAAAAUGCAUCGACCAUCCGCGCAAACGGGGCAAGUUUAGUGCGGGAAAUUCGUCAGUGUGAGAUUGAUUGGUGAGCUCGGACAGCUUUGCAGCAGCAGCAGCAGUAACAGGCUACGACAAUAGUGGGUGCUGUUAUAGUGAUUGAAUAAAGAAGGACUACCGAAAAACCGAAGCGCUCGUUAGGAUGGAAAAAGAUAAAGAUGUGGUCAAGGGUGAACAGGGGGUGAAUUGUGGACCAGCUGACUUCGAAACGGCCAUUGCCGCGACCGGGUAUGGCAGAUUCAACUUCCUACUGCUGUUGGUAGCGAUGCCAUGCUGUAUUGGAACCGUGUUCGAAACUACCACCAUGUCGUACGUGCUGCCGAGUGCCGAAUGUGAUCUGAAUCUGUCGCUGGUCAACAAGGGAAUCCUGAAUGCCGUCUGUUAUGCAGGAAUGAUAUCAUCCGCCUUUUUCUGGGGCUUUCUCUCGGAUACGUACGGCCGGAAGCGACUGCUGGUGUACGGCUACUUCCUCGAUGCUGCCUUCAACGUGCUGUGUGCCAUCAGCCAGAACGUGGCAGCAAUUAUGAUUUUCAAAUUUAUGGGCGGAUUUAUCAUCUGCGGCCCGUUCGCGGUGCUGAUGGCCUACCUGUCGGAGUUUCACAGUCUCCAGCAUCGAUCCCGGGUGAUGAUAGUGGUUGGAAUAUUCUAUAGCAUCGGCAACGUGCUGCUACCGUCCCUGGCUUGGGCAAUCAUUCCGCAGGAGUGGGACUUUCGUCUACUCGGUGGCAGUUUCGUGAUCCACUCGUGGCAGAUCUUUCUGGCUGUGUGCUGCCUGCCCAGUUUGCUGAGCGGCACCUGUGUCAUUUUCCUGCCGGAGAGCCCCAAAUUUCUGAUGUCCAAAGGACGCAACCAGCAAGCGAUGACCGUGUUUCAGUCGUUGUACUCACUCAACACCGGAGGCAGCCACAUCGAGUAUCCGAUUAAGGAACUGGUGGAUGAAACGUUAGUCGACGGAGCGGAAGCAAAGUGCGACGAGAACACGACCGGCUCGAGUUUGAGUGGAUUGCGAACGGGGAUGCAGCAAAUCUUAGCGAUGUUCCGGAAGCCACAUCUUAGAAAUUCACUGCUAGCUUACAGCAUUCAGUUUGGAAUCCUGUUCGGACUCAACACCUUCCGCCUGUGGGUGCCACAGUUGUUUACCAUCAUCGAUGAGUACGAGCAGGAUCCGGACCCGAGUUUCCCGACGGAUGCGACCCUGUGUGACAUGUUGGCUUACAAAGUGAACAAAUCGAACAGCCUGCAUGGUGGCGCGGCGGUCGGUGCCCACCAAGCAGACCCCCAAGAGAUUCAUCGGACUGACUUUGAUGCUCUCAACAUGGACGACGUUGUUCUGUGCGAAGCGACGACCGAGGGCAGCAUGUACCUGAAUUCAUUAAUCAUUGGCAUGGUUGGCGUUUGUGCUUAUCUGAUCACCACGGUAAUGAUUAAUACCAUCGGCAACCGGAAUAUUUUAGUGUACGGUCUGCUGGCAUCAGGCACCUGCGGUCUAUCGCUGUACUGGGCCAAAAGCUCGCUGAGCAUCCUGGCCCUGUCCUCGGCGUACAUCACAAUCGCCAGCAUCGGUUCGACGGCUCUGGUUGGGUCCGUUGUGGCCAUGUUUCCCACGUCGAUGCGGACGAUGGUCGUUUCACUGACGAUGAUGUUCGGGCGGACCGGGUCCAUCAUCGGUAAUCUGCUGUUUCCCUAUCUGAUGUCGCUGGGCUGCUGGCCGCCGUUCCUGAUGAUUGGAAUUAUUCAGAUCGUUGUGAGCCUGAUAGCAACCACCAUUCCCAGGACGCUGAAAAAACCACUGCAGUAGGUGCUGUGUUUCCUGAACGCGAACGUUUCCAAAGUGGCGCUUUAUUUAAUAAUCUAAACUGUAAACUAGAAGAAAGAAAUGUUCUAAAAGUUGAUAGGUUUAAUCUAUUGAACUGAUUAGCAUAAGAAUCUCUGAAGCCCGA